CCCCGUCGUAGCAGAAGCUCGAUCUCUCUUUCUUGUGUUUUUUUUUUGUUCCUCCCAUCUGCUUCUGUUUCGGCAAAGAUGAUGACCCAAGGAGGUUCUUCUUCCUCUUGUAACUCAAGAUGGAAUUAUGAUGUAUUUCUGAGUUUCAGAGGAGAAGACACACGCAAGAACUUCACUGAUCACCUCUACACAGCCUUGGUUCAGCGAGGGAUUAACACUUUCAGAGACGAUGAAGCUCUUAGGAGAGGAGAAGAAAUCACGCCAGAUCUUGAGAAAGCAAUCGAAGAAUCAAGAAUUGCAAUCGCUGUUCUCUCCAGAAAUUAUGCUUCUUCAAGAUGGUGCCUGGAGGAGCUUGUGAAGAUCCUGGAGUGCCGGAAGACAAAGGGCCAGUGGGUUAUACCUCUUUUUUAUGAUGUUGAUUCGUCGGAUGUUAGAGAGCAAACUGGGAGUUUUGCUGAAGCAUUUGCUAGACAUGAAACACGUUCUGAUUUGGGGGAGAUUACUGAGAAGGUGAGGAGGUGGAGGGAAGCUCUUGCACAAGUGGCGGAUUUGUCUGGUUUGGAUCUAAAACAAGUCGCUGAUGGGUACCAAUCAAAGUUUAUUGAAAGAGUUGUUGAAGAGGUCAUCACUAAGUUAAAUCCAAGACACUUCGAUAUUGCAGUAUACCCAGUUGGAAUAGAUUCUCGUGUGAAACGCAUGACUAGAUUAUUAGAUGUGUCAUCAGAUGAUGUUCGUAUUAUAGGGGUCUGUGGUAUGGGUGGUAUAGGUAAGACAACCAUCACCAAAGCCUUCUAUAACCUUACUUUUGAUAAAUUCAAAGCUAUCAGCUUUCUUCAAAAUGUUAGAGAAGUUUCUCAGAAACCCAAUGGUCUAGUUUCUUUACAAGAACAGCUUCUCUCUGACAUCUUAAUGACAAAAAACCUAAAUAUAAGCAGUGUUGAUAAGGGGAUCACUGUGAUCCAAGAAAGACUGCGCAGUAAAAGGGUUCUUAUUAUUCUUGAUGACGUGAAUCAUCGAAAUCAAUUAAACGCAUUAGCUAGGAGUCGUAAUUGGUUUGGUGGAGGAAGUAGAAUCAUCAUAACAACUAGAGAUAUGCACUUGCUGGAGUUACUUAAAGUGGAUAAAAUAUAUGAAGUUGAUGCAUUGAAUGAUGAGGAAUCUCUUCAGCUUUUCAGUUGGCAUGCCUUUGCAGAUGAUCAUUCUAAAGAAGACUAUGUAGAUCUCUCAAAAUGCAUUGCAAGUCAAACUCAAGGUCUUCCCUUAGCUCUUGUUGUUCUGGGUUCUUCUUUAUUUGGCAAAAGCACAUCAGAAUGGAAAAGUGCUUUUGAAAAGUUAAAAGUGAUUCCUAAUGGUGAAAUUAUGGAUAUACUUAAAAUAAGUUAUGAUGCACUAAGUGAUGAUGAAGAGAAAGAUAUGUUUCUUGAUAUCGCAUUUUUCUUCAUUCGAAUGGACAAAGACUAUGUGAAUAAAAUACUUGAAGGUUGUUAUGGUUUCUCCCCAGAGGAUGUAAUCAGUAAUCUUGUAAGUAAGUCUCUUGUAAGAAUCGAUAAAAUGAAUAGAUUGGAGAUGCAUGAUCUUCUUCGUGACAUGGGGAAGAAAAUUGUUCAUGACAAGUUUCCAAGAGAGCCUGAGAAGCGCAGCAGACUAUGGCUUCAGAAAGAUGUCUACGAUGUUCUGAAAAACUAUAUGGGUACAGGAGCAAUUGAAGGCCUCAUCCUGGAUAACUCAUCUAGAUCAAUAAGGGAACCAUUCAAAACUGCAGCCUUUGCAAAUAUGCAGAGACUGAGACUGCUUCAACUCAAUUAUGUAGACCUCAAGGGGAGUUUUGAACAUCUUUCUAAAGAGUUAAGAUGGCUCUGUUGGCAUGGGUUCCCUUUAAAAUGUAUUCCAAGCAGUUUAAAUCUUGAGAAUCUAGCUGUUCUUGACAUGCAACACAGCAGCCUCAAACAAGUUUGGAAGAAAAUCAAGCCACUUAAAAGUUUGAAGAUAGUUGAUCUCAGUCAUUCUCAUUACCUCACCACAACCCCGGAUUUUUUAGGACUUCCCAAUCUUGAAAGUCUGAUUCUUAAAGGUUGUACAAGAUUGGUUAAGGUUGACAAUUCCAUUGGACAUCUUCACAAACUCAAUACUUUGAAUUUGAAAAACUGCAAGAAACUUAAGGAUCUUCCAAGUAACGUCUUUCAAUUGAAAUCCCUGAAGAACCUUACUCUCUCUGGCUGUUCUGAACUUGACAAACGUUUAUCCUUCUGGUCUUGGGGAUCACCACCAACAAGAAGUCCUGAUGCUUACAGCUCAAAUCUGGUACCCAUUUCUGGCUUACGCCUCCUAAAAACACUAAAACUCACUGCUUGCACUUGGUUGGAGAGUUCAAUACCGAGUGAAAUUGGGAGCCUACCUUCAUUGGAGUUACUGGAUUUAAGUUGCAACAACUUCUAUAGCCUACCGGAUAGCUUCCGUUGCCUUGGUAAGCUAAAGCACCUAAAUUUAGAAGGAUGUACGAGGUUAAAAUCACUACCAGCAGAGCUUCCAUCAAGCUUAGAGAAAUUGUUUGCUGGUGAUUGUACAUCUUUGGAAAAAAUAUCAAAUCUUGGGAAUUUAUCUUCACUGCAAGAAUUAGACUUGUCUGGAUCCAACAUUUGUGACCUACCACGUGAUACAAGUCUUCUUUCUUGUCUCAUUACUCUGACUUUAGAAGAUUGCAAAAGGCUUCGACUACCCCCAGAUCUUCCGUCAAACUUAGAAGAUUUGUUUGCAAAAGGUUGCACGUCCUUGGAAAGAUUGCCAAAUCUAUCAAAUAUGCAGUACAUAUGGGCCUUGCAGUUUAAUGAUUGUUACAAUCUAAUGAUUCAGAAGUUUUACAUGGAAAAUAUCAUAACCCUCUUUCAGGUCUCUCUCUCUCAUAUUAUAUAUAUUAUAUGUAAAUAUUAUCUGAUGAUGGUACAGGGAUCGGAAACACGUCAUAUCUUUCUUCCCGGGAGUGACAUUCCAGAUUGGUUCAGCUAUUGGAGAAUGGGAUCUUCUGUAUCUUUUCAGGUGCCUGCAGUUGUGGAUUGGAAGAUCGAAGGGCUUAUUCUGUGUGUUAUUUAUGCUAAAGAAAUGGAUGACCAUGAUGGGAGUCAUGCGACCUUACGUCCUUUCGUUUUUUUCAAUAACAAGACAAAAGGGGUUGUCUACCGCUUCAUACCAUAUGCCUGUGACUUACCAAAAUCCAGUCAAGAACACAUGUGGCUGAGCUAUAAACCCUGCAAUGGGAUGUUGGAAGCUGGGCACCAAGUGGAGGUCACGAUAGGCCGCCAAGGAGGGUUGUCAACAAACAAGUGCGGAGUUCAUCUAGUGUAUGAUUCCAAUGAGAAGGGAUCAAAUUUCAACCAAGUUGUUUGCAUGCAAGAGAAGCCUUGUGAUGAUCUAACGAUUACAGCUACAGGAAGAUGUCAAUCCUCGUUGCUUGGAGGAGAGUUGAUUAACAAGGGUAAAUCUGUAUAGCAAAUGGAAGAAAAGGGCAAAAGCAAAAUGUACGUAUGCUGAAGCAUUACCCGCUUGAGCCCCGAGAGACAUCCUCUUCUAAUUGGACGAGAAAGCAAGCUCUGGGUUCCUCUUUUUCACAUUUUAUCAAACAGCUGGAAACGCAUAUGCGACAGAAUCUGAAUCUCACGGUCACGGCUACAGGAGUACCUGGUUCUUCCACUCGGCAAGCUCGACCAUCGUACAAGAUGUGGUCAAUAUUCUCGCCUUCUCGGGCUCCCAGAGUCCCAGUGACCGUCUUGCCGUUUGUACCCAACCAAUGGAACGUAGUCAGGUUCAAUAUUAGCCGAAAAUGUUUGACCAGUGGAGUGUGCGUCAUAAAAUGAGCCAAUCAUAUUUAUGAAUGGAGGGUUUAUCUGAUGAAGCGAUGAAUUUGUUAGAUGGAUGUGGGUUACGUUGCUCUUGGGUUACCUUAUAUGCUAUUACCCCUUUUAUUUUUCAAAUUAAGAAAUAACUACAGCAACAUAUACA